CUAAAAUAUUCAUGGACUACACUGCAUGUGCAGGCUGCGGCACAUCGACUUAAUCUCCUUCCACUGAGAAAGAGGGUGCAGGGGCUCACAGCAAAGCAAGCGCUGGCUCUUCUGAUUAAGGAUGUUCGAGUCGUCUAACACAGAACCAAAAUGUGUGAAGAUCCGCUACGACUUUGUGGCACGCAAUCCCAAUGAACUAACCGUGCAAAAGGAUGAGGUGUUGGAGGUACUGGACAGUGAAAAGCAGUGGUGGUUGGUGAGGAACCGCAACGCUCACACGGGUUAUGUGCCCUGCAAUGUGCUGGAGGAGCUAAAAGCAGGAGAACCGCAGUACAACCGUGCUGUGUUCUUCAACAGCCAGGCUGCGAAUCCUUACAAAGCUACUUCUCCACCUGCCUUGAUAAAUCACGCUGAGAAUGUGGAGAUGAAUAAAUCCUCGCGGGAUAAAGACAGCCGAAGUCAGCAGAAGGAGAUGAACGAUGAGCUCUUGAAGAGGAUUACGGACAGCAAAGCUCAACCUCCUGCUCGCAACUUCCGGGUGGAACACCCCAUCCAAACACUGCCUAUCACUUAUGACUCUCAGCCAUUUGAGAUUCGAGGCUGGCUCAAUGCCAAGGGCUUCUCCAGGCCGGUAGUGGACUGUCUGGGCAUCCUGACAGGAGCUCAGCUCUUUUCUCUGAGUAAGGAUGAAGUAAAGGCCGUGUGUGGUGACGAGGGCUCUCGAGUCUACAGCCAGAUCAGUGUUCAGAAAGCACAGAUAGAGAGGGGCUAUGGAAACUCGGAGCUGGAGGAAAUCAUGAGGAGGCGUCAGCGGGAGGUGGAUGCUUUUACUUGGGACUGAUUGCUCUCAAACUGCCUGUCAGUCACAACACAUUUCCAUCCUGUUCCUCCAGCUCACCUAACGAACUCCAAAGAUUUAGCAGAGUUCGAAUAAAGAACACAUGGGUGCUGUAAAUUACUUGUCUGAAAUAAUACAAACCAAACUUAACUCAACACAAAAUGUUAUAUAAUGUUUAUUUAUCCUAAUGUUUUAUUCCUAUUUAUUUGUCUGCCUAUUUAUCCACAUGUAUUUGCCAAUAUAUUUGGAAUGUGGUGAGCAUCAUAUGUAUAUUACGUGUGUUUAUAUCUCUUUAUGCCUCUUUAACAGGUCUGUAAAAUUCAAAAAGGAAUGUAAAACAUUAAUGUGUGAUCAGGGAAAAUAAAAGCUUGCAGAUUCCAUUAAUAUACUA